AGAAAGACAAAAGAAAGGAGAACGUGAAAAAGUUUUGUCAACAUUAUUUUCAUUGAUAAAAAAAUCUGAUAAAAUUAAUAUAUACGCUGAAAAAAACAAUAAAAAUUUUAAUACAAACACACGCACAAUAACAUAAAACGCAUUUAAUUUUUGUUCAUAAAAUUAAUAUUCCUUCAAUUGAAGGUCAAUUUUAAGUUAAUUUUUAUUAUUUUGGUUUCAGUUUUUUGAUUUUUCUCACAAAAUUCUUCACAAUUUUUCGACCAAUGGACGAAUCCGAACUAUUGUUUAAUCUCUUUUAUCUACUCCUGUGCAUGUGCAUCAUCUAUCCACCCGAGGAAUUUCAACGUUUGGGUCUAACCAUUGAACAACUUUUCUCCCGUUGGUUGGGUGAGGAGCAUCUAAAUUUUGUACGUUAUCAUCAGAAACGCACCUCUCUGAAUCUCUUCAUACACAGUUGCCUGCCGGCCGUUUAUUUUCUCAUUCAUCGUUUUAAAUUUUCCGUUUUUACGGAACACAAUGCUGAUGUCGAGGAAGAGUCUGAAUUGGAUCCCGAUUUUCCUAUGCCUCAAGAAGCGGUAGCCUUUAAGACGCUCACCUGGAAGGUGGCACAACGUUUUAGUUUAAUGGCUGUUUUGGCGGUGCCAGCUUUGAUAUUCAAUUGGUAUCAACAGAAUUGGAAAAGGCAUCCUAUUACUCAGACUCUGCAGAAAUUUUCAAAUGUGCCAAAUAAUACUGCGAAUGUUAUAUCAGAUAUUGGCAAUGAGUUUAGAAGGCAGGAUAUUUAUAAGAAAAAACUUAAUUCAAUAUCAACUGUAAUUGCAACUGAAAAUUGGAUUAUUAAAACUACUUUGUAUAAUGUACAUUUUGCUCAUCAAAGUGAUACUGCUCUCAGUGUGGCCAAGGUAGGAUAUCAAACGUAAUUGCUAUAACAAGAC